AUGACCAUCUUAGUUGGUUCGUGGAGUGAUAAAAUUGGACGUAGAGUUGCACUUAUUAUUCCAACUCUAGGACAAAUUUUCAAAUGUUCCUUUCUGGCUAUUGCAGUAAAGUUAGAAUGGAACAUUUAUUAUUUAUUGAUCCCGUUUUUUGUAGACGGUAUAUCCGGUACUCUUGUUGCUUUUAUCUCGGCUGCUCUUUCGAUCACCGCAGAUUUGACGAAAUAUGGCAAAACUAGAACAUUUGGUAUUGUUCUGGUUGAAAUUACCCUUGGCUUAGGCGUGACAACAGCUAACAUAACUUCAGGAUACUUAAUUAAAUACACAGGAUUUGUAUACUCUGUAGUUACAUGUUUAUCCGUUGCUAUUCUGGUCUUGUUAUUGAUUAUCUUCUUACCAGAAACCGUUCAGUCUAAGAAAAAUUUUCAAAGUAUCUCACAAAUUCAAUAUGUUAAAAAUUCUAUUAGCUUUUACAUUCAAAAAGGUCCUUCCCGUUGGAAAUAUAUUAUACUUGCUGCUUCUUUUGCACUAUCUGUGAUGCCAACUAUUGGAAGAAAUAACGUUCAGAUAUUUUACUUACUUAAUUCUCCAUUCUGUUGGAGCUCUGUUUUGAUUGGUUGGUUUGGAGCUGCAAGAUCGGUGUCAGAAUUGAUCAUUGGCUUAGGAUUUAUUCGUCUUCUACGGAAAUGUAUGACAGAUCGACAAAUGCUGUUUGCAGGCACUUUAUCAGCAAUUGGUUACUACAUCCUCAUGUCAACUGCAGUUAACGAUAUUAUGGUAUUUCUAACUCCUGUUGUUGGAAUUAUGUCACAUUACCCUAAGCCUAUGAUACGAUCUUUGCUGUCAGCAAUAACAGCCAGAGAUGAACAAGGUGCAAUGUUUGGAGGUUUAACCGCCAUUGAGUCUACGUCUUCUUUAUUGGGUUCGGUGUUGGCUAACUUUAUAUAUGGAGAAACAGUAGCUAUCUACAGAGGAAUAGCUAUGGCUAUAUUUGGAGUCUACCAUUUCAUCGCCCUUUGUUUAAUAAGCGUUUUCAUAUUUAGAGAAAAACGAGAAAAGAAAAUAGAGGAUGUGGAUGUCGGUGAUCAGAAAGUUAUAUAUACAAUUAAAAUGUGA